AUGCUGAAACAGGGUUAUCUGUUGCCAGGCGUCCAAGAGCCUUUCAAGCCUUGUUGGCUAACACUAUGUACAAAACUGGAACCUGCUGUGGAAACUAAUAACAGAAAACGACUCUCUGCUGAAGCACACUGGGAACUGAGGUGUACACUAAUCACAGAAAACGACUCUCUGACACUCAUCACACUGGGAACUGAGACUGGUCUUGAAUUCAUUCCACAUCCAAGUCACAUCUGCGAGUAUGGACGAGUGACUGUGGCUACAGUCAACGAAACACGUUUAACAAGGGGAGUAACUCUGAAAACUCUCUCUGUUGGAAAGACGAGCGAUCCAGAAAAGAAGGAGAUUGCGAAUUACUCUGUUGAUCUGUGGUCGGAUGAGUCUGACUCUUCGUCUGUGAUAGAGUAUCUCAUCAUCUUGAUGGAGCAGAUGGAAAACAGACAGAAGAAACUCAAGUCUCACCCAGUGACCAUUGUCUUCAAUGUUUCCGACACACAACAAGCGAUAUCACUCUGUAUCAUGAACAACAUCAUGUCUACUAUUUCGGUUGACAAGGAGGUUGAGAUUUUCAACAACGUCAGACGAUUCCAAGAUGUCUUGCCAAAUGUGGAAUUCACUGAGGAAUCCUUUAGACUCUUUUGCCAGCUGGCGUUUGUGUACCUGGAAUCGAUUGGAGUGUACACCAAUAUUUGACACUGGCUAGGGAAGGACUAGACACUUCAGCACAUUGUUUAAUGCUUUCGAGACACCUGAGUACAUUGUUAAGUGUUUUAGAGAAACACGAGUACAUUGUUUAAUGCUUUAUAGACACAUUGGUGUAUUGUUAAAUGUUUUAUGGAUGCCUAAGUACAUUGUUGAAUGUUUUAUAGACACUUCAGCAGAUAGUUUAAUGCUUUAAAGACACAUGAAUACAUUGUUUAAUGUUUUAUAUACACGUCAGUACAUUGUUUAAUGUUUUGUAGAUACAUCAGUACAUUGUUUAAUGUUUUAUAGACACGUUAGUACAUUGUUUAAUGUUUUAUAGACAUUUCAGUACAUUGUACAUUGUUUAAUGUUUUAUAGACACUUCAGUCAUUUAUUUAAUGCUUUAGAUAGUACUAAUAACUUCUGGCUGGGUCAAAGGUCGAGGUGCACCCAACUUUUGAUAGAGAAGUGAACACCACAAGUCUUGUGAUUGGUGAUAAAUGUGAGUGUGUUGAUUGUAAAAAAAAAAAUAGUU